AUGAAUUACAGGAUUAGCAACAUGUUUACAAUUUUCUCGUCGAAUUUUUUAAUGUCAGUAAUAGUUGUGGUUAUUUCUCUAAUUUUAGUUGUUUGUGGGAAAGGUAAGUGGAAUAAAAAGAAAGAAUUAUUUUUGUUGUAUUCUAAAAAACAUGAAUAUGAAGAAAUAGACGUAAAAUUUAAAAGUGAUGAAAAUAAAAAAUUUUUAAAUGAAAAAAAUCAAACAUUAAAAUUGAAGGAUAUAAUAACAUUAACAGAUACUGUAAAAAUAUAUAUUUUUUCUUACCCAAGUGAAUAUGACGAUUUUGGUUUGGGGAUAUGUAAGCAUAUAAAAUUUAAUGGCUUAAAUAUACAAGGGAAAAUAAAAGGGAAAUGGAAUAAUAAUGAUGAUAAAGAAAAAGAUUUAUCAGAAAUUUUUAGAAGUUAUACACCUGUAUAUAUAAAUAAAAAAAAAAAACAAGUUCAUUUUAUAAUUCGUAUAUAUAAAGAGGAUGAUCAUUUUAUAGAUGGUGGAAAAAUGAGUUCUCAACUGGAUAAAUUGCGAAAUAAUAGUACAAUAAAUAUAAUAGGACCAUUUGGAUUAAUCGAAUAUAAAGGGAAUAAUGAAUUUUCUUAUUUGUCAAAGUCUAUUAAGAUUAAAAAACAUAUAGUUAUGAUUGCUGGUGGCACUGGAAUGACUCCAUUUUUUCGAUUAAUAAAUCAUUUGUUAUUAACAAAAAAGACAAAUAUAGAAGACGACCCUAUUUACAUAACCUUUAUAUAUGCAAACCGAAAUGAACAAGAAAUUUUGCUCAAACCAAUUUUCGACGAAUAUGAUGCAAAUUUUGAAAACUUCAAAAAAGUUUAUAGCAUAGACAAAUGUUUAGAUAGUACAAUGAAGGACACAGUUGAUAAUAUAGGAUAUAUAAACAUAGACUUAUUAAAAAAAUAUAUUUUAAAAUAUGAAAAAUUAAGUAUGCCUAUUCAAAAUAGCGAUACACUAAUUUUAACAUGCGGUCCCCCACCUAUGACAUCCUUACUAAAUGUGUUAUUAAAAGAAGAAAUGAAAAUGGAAAAUGUCAUAAUUUUUUAG